AUGGAUUCAGCGGCGGCGGGGACGACGGAGGGAGGUGGCACCGACGCGGUGACGACCACGGCAACGUGCGCAUGCUGCGGCAUGGACGAGGAGUGCACGCCGCGGUACGUCGCCCGGGUGGCCGCGCAGUUCGGCGGGGCGUGGGUGUGCGGCCUGUGCGCCGAGGCCAUCAAGGACGAGGCCGUCCGGCGCGGCGUCGGGCUCGAGGCCGCCAGGCGCGCACACGCCGAGUUCGUCGUCAGCGCCGCCCGCGCGGGCGCCGGAUCUGGCCCCGCCGUCCAGGUUGUCCGGGCCCUGCUCCAGCUGCUCAAGAAGGUGAUAGCGGCCGCGCCGGCGGGCGCCGCCGCCGUUCUGCCGCCUGCCACGACGGCACCACACGAGAUGCACGUUGGAAAUAAUCACGACUUGAUUAGUUUUGAGUCUUGCAUAUAG